AUGAAAAGUUUUGGAACGCUUGCGGUGGCUCUUUCUGCUGCUGUGGUGAACGGUUUAUCCUUUCAACAGCCGUUUGCCUUUGAAGAACAUGGCUCUAGUUUGCUUGAGAAGGCUAUCGAGGCCUGGAAACAGGACCCUAAGGCAGUGGCUGGUUUAAUGAGCGAUGAAGUUCGUAAGAGUUGGGACGAAUUGCCUUUGAAAUUUCCUGCAGAGAUCUCGCAGAUGCAGUUUGUGACUAAGCCAAAAGAUCCAUCUGCUAUCUUUACCAGAAAGCAGUGGGAUGCUACUGUUGAGAGUGAGGAUUUGGAGAACUACCAGUUGAGAGUGAACAAGAUUAAAGACCCAAAGAUUUUAGGGAUUGAUGGGGACGUUAAGCAAUACAGUGGGUAUUUGGAUGUCCGCGAUGAGGAUAAGCACUUCUUCUUCUGGACUUUCGAAAGUAGAAAUGACCCUGAGAAUGACCCAGUUGUGUUAUGGUUAAAUGGUGGGCCCGGUUGUUCGUCGUUGACCGGUCUCUUCUUUGAACUAGGUCCUUCUUCAAUUGGUGAGGAUAUCAAACCUAUCCACAACCCAUACUCCUGGAAUAACAAUGCCACUGUUAUCUUCCUCGACCAACCGGUCAACGUUGGUUUCUCUUACUCCGGGUCUGAAGGUGUUACUGACACUGUCGCUGCCGGUAAGGACGUCUACGCAUUCUUGCAGUUGUUCUUCAAGCAGUUCCCAGAGUAUGCUGCCAACGGUCAGGAUUUCCACAUUGCCGGUGAAUCGUAUGCGGGUCACUACAUCCCGGUGUUUGCGACAGAGAUCUUGUCUCAUCCAGUCUCAAAGAGAAACUUCAAUUUGACCUCUGUUCUGAUCGGUAACGGUUUGACCGAUCCUUUAAAUCAAUACCCAGCCUACGAACCAAUGGCUUGUGGUGAAGGUGGGGAACCUGCAGUGUUAGAACCGGAAGAAUGUCAAUCGAUGAGCGACUCCUUGGACCGCUGCCUGGGAUUGAUUCAAUCCUGUUACGAAUCCGAAUCUGUCUGGUCGUGUGUUCCUGCCUCAAUCUACUGUAACAACGCCCAGAUCAACCCAUACUCUCGCACGGGUAAAAACGUUUAUGAUAUCAGAAAGGAGUGCGAAGGUCAACUAUGUUACAAGGACAUGCAAUUCAUUGACGACUACUUGAAUCUGGAUUACGUCAAGGAAGCUGUUGGUGCCGAAGUCGACAAGUACGAGUCCUGCAAUUUCGAUAUCAACAGAAACUUCUUAUUUGCCGGUGACUGGAUGAAACCAUACCACAAGGCCGUCUCAGAACUAUUGAACCAAGACAUCCCCGUCUUAAUCUACGCCGGUGACAAGGACUUUAUCUGCAACUGGUUGGGUAACAAGCUCUGGACCGACGUUUUACCAUGGAAAUCCGCUGACGAGUUUGCUAAACAACCAGUUCGUCACUGGGUUGCUAAUCUAACAAACGAAAAGAGUGGUGAAGUGAAGAGCUUUGAACAGCUAACUUACUUGAGAGUUUACGGUGGUGGCCAUAUGGUGCCCUACGACGUUCCUGAAAAUGCUUUGAGUAUGCUUAACGAGUGGAUUCACGGUAACUUCACAAUCUAG